AUCACUCAGGCGUGAGCUAAGGAUUAGCGAGAGAUCGGGCCGUAUUGAAUUGGACACUGAUAUCUUUAUAGUAUAUUUCCGGACUAACGCACAAGUGUCGCAAUGGUGUCGCACUCGCUGGCUUUACCGAUGAUCUGUUUCACCACGCUGUGGGGUUUGGUCGGGGUUGUCGCCCCGUUUUUUGUACCGAAAGGACCAAACAGAGGGGUGAUCAUAACCAGUCUGGUGCUGACCGCCGUUUGCUGCUAUUUAUUCUGGUUAGUAGCAAUACUGGCCCAAGCAAAUCCUCUCUUUGGACCUCAGCUUAAAAAUGAGACCAUAUGGUAUCUGCGCUACUUCUGGGAGUAGAUGGAGGUGUCAUUUGGAAGAUUUAUCUGAUCAGGCUUUUUCUGUUACAGUCAACAAAACCCCCAAAAUAGUGAAGAAUCGACUCCAAGGGAACAAUGUUUGUGUUAUGACACAAGUUUUAACAUUAAAAAAAGGUUUUCAGUUACAAAACGAAUGAUUUUAUGUUUGUUUACACAUAUUACGUAACAUAAUGAAUAGAAAACUUGGAAAUAAUAUACAGAAUAUUCUAAAAAUGUACAAAGAAAUGUAAUAGUGAUAUUCUUGUGAUGUUUAAAGAAACCAUAAGGAAAUCAGUUUGUGUGCUUUGGAUGUGUAAAGUAUAAAUUGGGCUUGAGAGUUGAGUAUGUGAGUUAAUGUUUUUGUUUUGUUUUGCAUUGAUGCACAUGUUAGUCUAUUUAUAGUUUGUUUUAUAUUAUGUUGUCCUUGUUUGCAUGUGACACUGUAUCCAUGUUUACCUGAUUAAAUUAUUUUUGUAUUUAUUAUUGAUUUUAUUUGCAAAUGUGAUUGACAUUCUGUUGAUGUUUUACGUAAUCAUAUGAGAUUUUGAAGCUGUGUCGUACAAAAUAAAGCGAGUGAAUCUACUGAA